AUGUGGAAGGGUCUACCGGAGCUUCACGUUGCAAUUCGCCGGGGACAAUUCCACGAUGCACGGCAGCUCGUCUCUGCCGGUGACGACGUGAACAUCGGGGAUGGGACCCAUCGUACACCCCUCAUCCUCUGCGCCUUACUUGAGCAAGCAACGUGGGGUGUCGGCAUAGCUCGGAUGCUGCUUGAGAUGGGAGCCCUGGUGGGUCUCCCAGACAAACAAGGACGCAAUGCCCUGAUCUACGCCUGCAUCUACCGCCGACUCGAGCUGGUUGAAAUCUUCCUACGAGCUGUAGACUUUGACCUGAAUCAUCGGGACCGCUUCGGGAACACGGCCCUGUUCUACGCCGCGUCAAGUGGCAACAUAGAUAUUGUGACGGAACUGGUGAAGAAAUUCAAACACUUUGGUGAGCAGCUUGACAGGGGAAAUAAAUGUGGAAUGACGCCACUUCUCGAAGCUUGCCGACUAGGGCACAAGACGGUUGGGAGGAUAUUGGUUGAGAACGGCGCAGAUGAAGAGCACAGGGACAGUGUUCGACACUGGAACGCAAUGGACUGGGAGCAGGAACACGAAAGACAAGUUGAGGCGGCUGAUCGAACCAGGAAUCGGUCUUAUGACAAACCCUGGCUGGCGGAUAAGAAGUCGGCGAGUAACUCGGUACCCGGGAAGCCUCGAAGGAGAUCUGCCAGUCUAUCAGGGGUCCCCGAUGGCGGUCAGCAGGGUCUGAGUGACGACGGUGACUCCACGUCGACAGUGAGCACCGAUGGAGGUUCGACACCACAUCGUGCCCGUUGCGUGGGACUCAGGAGGCUUACUCGAGCGAAGACCAUGUCGGCACUGCCGAACAUCAACUCAGCUAAAGUAGUAGGACUAACCCGUACGUGGACGGAGGAAAGCAACAUGAGCAAGGAGCUCAUCACCGCUAAGUUCUACCCGUCUCCUGUGCCGUUUUCCAACCCAAACCUGACCACAGAUGCCGAGAGGACUCACAAUGCGUAUGGUCAAUGGAGAAUGACACAGAACCUCCGACCGGUAGAAUCGAGUGUUUCUUCAGGCGGUGAGCCUCAUGAUCGCGCAGCUUGGCAAGGAGAAUUCAGACAGAUAUUCAAGCGCUACGAACAUCAAGUGACGGAGUCAUUCAGAAAGAAGGCCAAAGUGAACCCAGUCUUCUCCAAUCAUUUCAGAUUACAGAGUCAAAUUUCGGUGAAUCCCUCUAUCGCCAUCGAGGAGGACAGAAAGGCCCCAUCGAGUAGACUCAGUCGAAGACAAUCGUUUCUCGAUAACGGACAAUCGUUGAAACGAUUCCCGAGUGUGAAUAGCAUCGAUACUGCUUCAAACACAUCGCGGAGGACAAAUGUUAACAUUGGAGGGUUGAAAGGAAAGCGAGACAUGGAAUCGAAUACAUCGUCAGUCGAUACUAAUGCAGCUGCCAAGAUGGUCAUGAACGCGUUCCGGAGGAGAAAGUCGAAUGCGUUCGUGGGAUCCUCAUCGACGAUUGGGAAAGGCUCUGUGGAUGACGAUACCGAAUCCCGAUCGGGUACUAACGGUAUCGAUAAAGCAAUUAUAAACGGGAGUAAAUGA